AUCGUUGCCAGGGACUGGCGUCAUUUUGUAGCAGUUCUGGCUGUUUUUUGAUUUAAAAUUGGACAAACAUGCAUACUUAACUAGCUGAUGCCGAGAUCUAAAGAUGAGCUGACCCUGCAUUUAGUAAUCAUGACAUCCAAUCUGCCUUGAAUAAUUUGUUUUCUGGGGGGGAAGUUCAAAUAUAAGUAUUAGGUAUGUCUACUGCUGUUCAGACCAAUGUGCCUAGCUACACACAGGUUAUCAAGAAUGGAAAGAAGAAAGGGAAGAAAAAGAAAUCAAAACAAAAGUCCACACCAAUAUCUAUGACUAAAAGUGCUUCAACUGGUAGAAUCUCAAGUAAUCAUGGUAAUGGUUUAACAUCUCUUAGUAGAUCUAACACAUCGGAGAAUCUCAAACUUCCUUCCAUUUCUAAAGAAUAUCCACUAUCACCAAGAUUGACAACUCCAAUGAGGAUGCCUCCAGCUCUGAAUCGAGAAGUUUUACCCACUGCUUGUGAUCGAAGGAAGAAAAUGCCACUACUGAAUGCCAUAAAACCAGAAAAUGAAAAGUCUGAGAAAGAAAGAUUUUUUAGAGCUAAUUACAAUUACAAUCCAUACUUCAUCUACAGAUUCCCUGCCCCACCUGAAGUACUGGAACGUAUCAGUACUCCUUCAGACAGAUUACUCAAUAUAGCUAUCUUGAUAAUGGAAAUUGCAAUAGAUCGUUAUGGGAGCUAUGAAGAAUUUGAAAACCAAACUGGGGGACCAGUUUUAGGAAGAUCUCAGAUAAUUACUCUAGUCAAAAACUAUGUGAAACGAGAGAAUCUGGAAAAUGAAAUUAUGCUGAACUUAAGUGAAGACUUGCUGUCUCGUGGCUCAAUGACAAGAGUUAAAGGCAAACCAACACUAAAUGUUCGAAUUGUCAAUCUACGCCAAUAUUGGGUAGAAGGUCUUCUCAGGCAUGAAAUUGGUACACAUUAUUUAAGAAGUAUGAAUAACAAGUUCCAACCGUGGAGUAAUUGGAAAGUGCGGACUGAGCUUGGUAUGGCUCCUAUGAAUCCAACAGAGGAAGGUUUAGCCUCACUUCACAGUGUACUGUUGAGGAAAGAUCCAUGUUUAUGGAGAUGUGCACUAUUGUAUUAUACCGUGUAUAAAGCUGCUCACUUGUCUUUGAAGGAACUAUUUAUAGAUUUAGGAAAGUUUGUCAAUGAUCCGCAAGUACGAUGGGACUAUUGUAUAAGGGCAAAGAGAGGGCAAGCUGACACGUCCAGACCAGGUGCUUUUUGUAAAGAUCAAGUAUAUCUAGAUGGAGCUUUACAGAUUUUGAAGAACAGACGUCAUUUAGACUUCCAUUCUUUGUUAAGAUAUGGAAAGAUAUCCUACAGAGAUAUCGACAUUAUAAGUGAUAUAGCAGAAUUAGAAUAUACAAGAAUUCCAUCAUUUAUGGAGGAUCUUCAUGUAUACAGGGGACAUUUAGACAGAAUUUGUGAUGCCAAUGGCUUAACAGAUGAUAUUCUAGUGAAAGUUUAAUUAAUUGGUGUUAUUUUAUAUUUUUAUGAGAGUACUGCCAUCUGUGCAGAUAUCUUAUCAGAUAAAAUUUAAAGCAUUACAACAUUUAAUGAAGACAGUAUUUAAAGCAAUGAAUUAAAUGCUGCUGCCUGAUGUACCUAUUCAGGGUAAAAAUAUUUAAAAAAAUUAAAAAUGGCUACCAGUUCCCAGUAGGCUAGUACCCUACAGGCAAUGCCCAAUAUAUAGUGCCUGUAACAGGAAAUGUCAUGUAUUGUUAAAAGCUAUUUAAAAAAAUUAUUGGCAUAUAAUUUUAAUUCUUGUAUUUCUUAUAUUAUUUCUUAAGUUACAAUCAACUAAUUUAUAUUCUUCUUAUUUUUAUUUUUUGAUUACUUAAACCUUUUAAAAUCAAUAUAUUUUUGAGUUGUCUAUAUUUAAUUGUUUGACAAUGCUGAGCAUUUUUGACAAUCUCUAUUCCUUUUUUAUGUUAAGCUAAGCUCACUUUGUUUUUAAGUUUGUGAAACUGUUAUCUUCACUUACAGAACAAUCCUUUGAAAUCCCUUUAGACUAUUAGGCUAAAAUUUAAACUUGCAUAAGGUAGAAAGUUUUACUUAUUUAUCCUCAUGAAUUUCCUGAUUUUUAAUAUUUUUUAAAGCUGAUUUAUGCAGUUUAUAUAUGCUAGAGAAAGAAUCAAUUUAAUUUAAUUUCUAUUUCUUUAAAAAAUGACCAAAGAUAUUGUUUAAAAACUUCAUAUUAUUAUUAUGUUGUCAUAAUAUUUCUGUUUUAGCUAUAUAAAAUUUAUAUUGGGUCACCAGAUUCAUACAUGAUAUCAGGAACAAACAAAUUUUGUGAAAUAAAAAAUAAAGAACCAGACAAAGGUACAACCACUUAGUUAAAAAUGUAAAUCUACUUAAACUGAAGAAAAAAAAACACAAUAAAUUAAAGAUAAAUGACAGAAAGUAGCAGCCCAACAUUUCAACCCAAAAGUUAUUUGUGAGAAGGGAAUCAAUCAGGCAAUAAAUUACAAGAAAGGCGUCUGGACUAGGACAUUCAUUUUCUAUUUUAUCAGUUAUUAUUUUGUGUUUUUUUAAGUUGUUGUAGUUUUACCAUUUGAACUUGAUCUUUGUACUUUUGACCAGUUAAUUAUUUUUAUAUUAUCAUAUGGUAUAGGGCCUUAACUCUACCUCAUUCCGAUAAGUAUUAAACAUAAGAUCAUAUGUAAUAAAUUGUUUGAUUUAAAAAUACUGUUUCAUAGUUGUUACAAAAUAAAAAUAAUCUGCUUAAGUUUAUCUAAAGGCUUUUGGAAUGUAAGGGAGAUAAUCAUGUAUAUUUCAGAUAUUUUAGUUCGUAAAGGGUAUAGGAUUAUUUCUGUUACUGACACAUGACAUAAUUUUAUUCAAAGACUUCAUAUGACAAUAAAAAGAUGAGAAAGUUUAUGAAAUGUGUAUGUUCAGAUUGUUAUUUUGAAGAAUGAUUAGAAAAGGACACCUGCUUCAAAUGAAAAGAUGUGUUUGUAACUUAAGACUAGGUAAAAUAAAAAAUUUGACCGCAGUCCAUCACUAGGAUCCUGGUUAUGACCUUCUGCAUAUACCCUUUAUCUUCAUUUUCUCAAAAUUUGCUCUCUGAAAACAAGAAAAUAAUGUAAACUUCAAUUUUUUGAAUGAUGAAAAUGUGGGUGAAGUUUUGGUGUUUAUUUUUUGAGUGAGUUUUUGGUUUUAGGGUAAAAUCAUGAGUAUGUAUAUUCUUGGUGCAUUAUAUUAGGUGAAGGAAAUUCAUUCAGUUUGUAAAUUUGUCCAGUUUUGCUUUAUCAGUUGUUAUAGAUUUGUUUUUUGUAAAUAUAUUUUGAGGACAAUACUUAAUUUGCAGCAAUCAUGUUUAUCUUUAGAAUCUGAACCUAUAAAAAAAACUGGUUGCAAUAUAUCAGUAGUAAUAAGUAGUAAGCAUAGCAUGGGGAACAAAUAUUAUGACGAAGCAAUGUCAAAAAAGAAUUAUUUUUUUUAUUAAAGGGGGCAUUACACAGCCAAAUGAAUCUGCUCCUGUACAUACAAAAUAUCAAUUCAUUAAAUUUUGAACGAUUUAAGAUAAUAUGUAAGAUUUGAAGAUAAUCAUGUUAUUAUUUUGUUCUGGAUUCAAAUUGAUAUCAGUGUCUUUACUUGUUCUUUUCAAUCUCUACAGAAUUAAUCAAGUUUGAAAUUAGUCAAAUAUGUUAAAAAUAAAACAAUCAUCUGAACUUUAUUGUUUUUUAGUUAUUCAAAAUAGAUUAUUUGAAAUAGAAAAGUACUGCUAUGGAGAUUUUAAGUGCUUUUAAAAAAAAAAAUGUUUUGAAUAAUGUCAUAUUUGCUUGUUUAUGGCAUAUAUUAAUAUAAGAUGCCAUAGUUGUUAUAUGAAUUGAAGUUGUUUUUGUUUUUAUGUGACAAUUGUUAAAAUUUACACAUUGGUUGUUUUGUACUAUUUUUUGUUUGUUUUUGUGUUUUAUUUAUUUGUAUCUUACCUAAUUGGCAGUUGGAGGUGCUGAUCUUUAGAUAUUGAAUACCUAAUAUAAACUUCAUUAUUUUUUUUUUUGCCUUUUUGAUAUGAUAUGGUAUGGUUUGAAUUUUUUUUUACCAAUGUCAACAUGUACCAAUAUAUUUUUUUGAGCUAGAUUUUGUUUUGAAUUAAGGCAGAAAUAAAUCUUUUAAUUUAAACAAAUGCAUUUUUAGGUAUUUGCCAACUGAAUGGCAUACUUAAGAAACUAUGGUUUAGAAAUAGCAUAUACUUUUUACAUCUGUCCAACUGUAUUUUUUAUUUUAUUUUUUUAACAUGCCUUAAUUGCCUUGUAUUAGUUGUUUUAUUAACUUGACAUAGUUUAUAUUCUAUUAUCUUGUUCAUUGUUUAAAAGAUUUUAAGCAGAUAGAAAAUGUUCUUAAUUGACAAUUUGUAUUUUUUUGUUAGUAAUUCUAGUAGGUUUCUAUGACAAUAGAAUGCAAUUUGUUUUGUUUAAAUAGAAUCCUUGAACAACAUUGAUUAAGGUUAUUUCAAUAAAAGUUACAUAUAUAUAUGAAAAAUCUUAACUUUCAUACUUUUGUCUAACAUUUUAAUCCUAUAUUGCAUUUUUUAACAGUUUAUUAACAGUGUCUUUUGUAAGAAUUUUCUUAACAAGUUUUCUAUUUAAGUUCCUCAUAUAGUUUUUGUCUAUCCUGCAAAGAAAAUGGUUGAAUGAGAGACAUAGGGAUGCUGAUCCAACAAAAGUGUCAGUUAUAUGUAUAAGUUAUAAUAUUUAGGAUGAGAAGAAUAGCUUGAUUAUCAUUUCUUGUAUACAGAUGCCUUAACCUCUGAAUUUUCUUUUCUGUUACUUUGAUUAAUAGGCCAACUUUAUUUGGUUUGUUGAAUCUUUGUAAGGUGUACAUGUCCAUCUUACAGGGUUUAUUGGUCAAUGUUGAUGUUUUGUGAUGAGGUAAGUUUUAUCAGGAACUGUAAGUAAUUGGUCAGCUGAAUUGCUGUUUAUACAAUUAUUGUUAGGUGAACCUAUCCAUCUGACCUCAUUUGCAUGGUUCAUUGUUAAAGACCCUUAGUUAUAGGUUAAUUAUAUUGGUCUACAAUAACAUUAUCAGGUAAACCUAUCCAUCUGACCUCAUUUGCAUGGUUCAUUGUUAAAGACCCUUAGUUAUAGGUUAAUUAUAUUGGUCUACAAUAUCAUUGUUAGGUGAACCUAUCCAUCUGACCUCAUUUGCAUGGUUCAUUGUUAAAGACCCUUAGUUAUAGGUUAAUUAUAUUGGUCUACAAUAUCAUUGUUAGGUGAACCUAUCCAUCUGACCUCAUUUGCAUGGUUCAUUGUUAAAGACCCUUAGUUAUAGGUUAAUUAUAUUGGUCUACAAUAUCAUUAUCAGGUGAACAUAUCUGUCUCAGUUGGUUCGUUGUUUAUUGAUCAAAAUUGAAGAGGGUGUUGAUAGGGGGUCCUCCAUUUCUGUAUUUUUAUAAGCCCGUCAAAAUUUUGACGGGACGUAUUAUGGUAUACAAAUGUCGUCUGUCCGUCUGUCUGUCCGGCGUAAACAUGUCGCACCGUAACUUGAGAACAACUUAUCCAAAUUUCAUGAAACUUAAGAUAGUUGUUUCUUAUGAUGGUCAAACGAUCUGUAUACUUUUUGGUGAAAAUAAGAUUAAAACUUUUCGAGUUACGGGACUUAGUAACUAUAUAACAGGUGUGUGUUUUUUUUCACAUGUCGCGUCGUAUCUCAAAAACCAUUUAUGAUUAUUGCUUAAAACUUUACACACUUCUUAGUUAUAUUAAUCUUAAGAUCGGUAUACUUUUUGGUGAUGAUUCAAAAUUUUAUUUUAGAGAUAUUGAGUAUUUUGGUAAAAAAGGGGGAGGGGUUUUUCACAUGUCGCGCUGUAUCUCAAAAACAGUUUAUGAUUAAUACUUAAAACUUUACACACUUCUUAGUUAUAUUAAUCUUAAGAUCUGUAUACUUUUAAGUGAUGAUUCAAAAUUUUAUUUUUGAGUUAUUGAGUAUUUUGUAAAAAAAGGGGAGGGGUUUUUCACAUGUCGCGCCGUAUCUCAAAAACGAUUUAUGAUUAUUGCUUAAAAUUUUACACACUUCUUAGUUAUAUUAAUCUAAAGAUCUGUAUACUUUUUGGUUUUGAUUCAAAUUUUUAUUUUAGAGAUGUUGAGUUUUUUGUAAAAAAAAGGAGGUUUUCGCAUGUCAGACCGUAUGUCAGAAACUAUUUAUGAUUAUUGCAUAAAAAUUCACACACAAGACGACGGGCACCAGUCUCAAAGAAUUUCAAUGAUUUAUUCAGUCUCAAUCUGUGAAGCAAGGGAUAUAUUUUAAUGUUUUCAGUCUUGCUUUUAUCUUUUGUAUUCCAGUAUGUUAUUCUGUCCUUCCAUUAUUCUGUCCAUGAGAUAUGAAGUGUGGCUUAAUUUUUUAUGCCCCCGCCAUGGCGGAGGGGGCAUUAAGUUUUACCCUUGUCCGUCUGUACGUACGUCUGUCCGUACGUUCCAAAAUUGGUUUCUGUUCUCUAACUUUAGUUUGCCUCAACACAAUGUUAUGAAACUUAUGCACAAUGCUUAUUACCACAAAACUCAGAUCAAGUACAACUUUGGGUAGCUUCACUUUUACAGUUCUUGAGUUUUGUCCCUUUAUAACGUUAUAUGCAAGCGGGGGCAUCAUCUGUGUCCCAUGGACACAUUCCCCAAUUUUUUUGUUGUACCUUUUGAAUAAACUUGAUUAUUUGACACACAAAAUUGAUCUUUGAAAUAGUUAUUACUUUUAUUUAUAUCAAGGAAGUACCAAGGUACAGGAAAAAUACAAGUAUCGGUAUGAUACUUUGUCCUUUCAAUAUGGUGUUUAACAUGUUUAAAUCAAUUGUCUGUAAGUGGAAAUUUAAAAUCGUUUUUAAGUUCUUUUUAUAAUUGCUUUAUAAAAGAAAAUAAAACAUAAAUUUUGAUAGGUAUAAAAGAGCAUUUCAUAUAAAAUGAUUAUGUUGAUGGCUUAGUGAUAGACUGUGAUUAUUAGGAAUAUUAUUUGUUUUGUAUUGUUUAAUUUUUUGUCUUGUUUUAAUAUAUUAAAAUGUUUCUAAUAUACUUUU